CGCACUCGGCUGCCAAGGUUGUCCACUCCAUGGAGCUGCACGCCAUUGACGACCGUCACGCCCCCAUUCCACAUCACUUCGCCCGUGGUGCUGCCGCUGGUGCUGACCUACAGCCUGAUCUUCUUCGACAGCGUCUUCGAGCCCAUCGGGAUGCCAAUCGUGCCAAACAUCGUGUCGGGCUGCUCCAUCCUGAAGCUCUUCCCGCAGUGCAUCAACACGUCGAGCCCCCAGAUCCUCUCCUGCAAGAUCGAGGCGGCCUCGUGCGUCGUGGUCUCUUCUCCGAGCCGCGGUAGCUCCCUACAGCCUGGCUGUUCGGUGCCUCCGCAGCUUGCGCAUUCAGGUUCUCCCUUCUCCGAGCGGGGCGAGCUGCUUACGAGCGUCCACGGUGUCUACUCCUCGCUCCCCGCCUCCGCGGCCGCGAACAUUGACACGGCGAUCGCGCCCCUUGUGAAGAACAUCGCACGUCUCCUCUCCAACAGCGAGCAACAGCAGCGAGACCUACGACAUAAGGUGGACAGUCUGCAGCGUGACCUCUCAGUUCUACGUACGGAGCACCAGCACACAGUCUCCAAGAUCGUCGACGCCGCCCGCUACCAGAUGGAGAACAUGGCCCACCAGCUCGGGCAGCUCAUGGACACACCCCCGCUGAAGCAGCAGCCCCCCGACACAUUCGACUCCCAGGGCUACUCCCACAACGUGAGCUCCCAGCUGCCGCCCACCGACGCGACCAACUUCGAGCAGUUCUCCGUCGCGUCCAACCCGCUGCCUGCCAUCGCGUUCAACCUGACCGCCGACGCGCCCAACCACAAGAACGACGACGACCUGAACAUCGCCAGCGUGCACCUGCAGGGCGAACCGCUGACCGACCCGCACGCCGCCCACGUCCGUGACGAGUACCCCGACGCGAUCGCGGUGCCUGUCCUCACCGUGCCGCUGGACGCCGACGACGCGACCAACCUGCAGCAGUUCUCCGUCGCGUCCAACCCGCUGCCUGCCAACGCGUUCAACCUGACCGCCGACGCGCCCCACCACACGAGCGACGACGACCAUGACAUCGCCAGCGUGCACCUGCAGGGCGUACCGCUGACCGACCCGCACGCCGCCCACGUCCUUGACGAGUACCCCGACGCGAUCGCGGAGCCUGUCUCCACCGUGCCGCUGGACGCCGACGCCGCGCAGCCUUGCGCGCCCGCCUCCAUCGACACGCUGCAGUACAGAAUCCAAGAGCUGAUCAACAAUAAUGGCAACAUCGGCUACCGCUCGGCCCACAAGAAGCUGAACUCGGACGAGCGCUUCCCCAAAGUCUCGCUGAAGAAGGUUCAGAGCGCAUUGCAAACGUUCCGCCAGCAGCAAGAGGACCUUGCAGCUGAAGCGGACACGACGGGCAUUUCUCCCGUACCGCCUGGAGCACCGUACCGCCUAGAGCACCUGAUCGAGGACAUCACAACGCUGGACGACCUGUACACCCUCGCACAGUACUACGGAUACCUGGACAGCGACUCCGACGGCGACUCCACUGCCUCGGACUGGUCCCCCGCGGCCUGGGCCGACAACUUCGACGAGCACCUCGCCACCAGCGACUCCGAGAACGGCGACCACCUCUCCUCCGACCUCCACUCCGCCGACAAGAAGUACCACCGCUACGGCGCCGCCUCGCCC